AUUGCUUUGUAAAUUGCUAGUUUGCAAUGCUGCAACACUUUAAUACACUCUAUCUUAUACACUUCCACACUUUUCUAUAUCGUUUUAUGAAUCCCGUCUCACUCAUCACACGCACAGCCGCUAUUCACUACCGUACCGGUACUUACUACUGUAAGUAGACUAAUUUCACGCAAUUUGAUUAUGAAGACGCCUGAAUAAUGACCAACCGUUUAUAAGCAAUUCAUGUUUGUUUGAUUUGGUUUCUUUCUUCCACAUCUAAUAUUUGGCAGAGAUUCAAUCUGCUAACUCUACCCAACAUCAUGUCUGAUUCUACAAGAUUCACAUGUGAUUAUGCGAAACGAAAAGCGAAUUGCAAAAAAUGCAAACAACCAAUAGAUAAAGGAGUUGCCAGAAUCGCCAAGGUUACUCCUAAUUUUUUCAACGAUGGGGACGGCGAAAUGAAAAUGUAUCAUCAUAUAAACUGCAUGUUUGAGGUAUUCUCUCGAGCACGAGCAACCACCAAGAAAAUUGAAGAUCCGAGUGACUUGGAGGGUUUUGCAAAUAUGGAAGAUGACGAGAAAACUGAAAUUAAGAAAUUAAUCGUAGAAUUAUGUGCAAAACAAGCUGAAAAGCAGGCCAAGUCACCUCGUGGUGGAGGAAAGAAAGCAACACCGAAGAAACAAAAACCUGCUAAAGCACCUUCUCCAGUUAAAAUGAAAGCGAGUCCACUGUCGAAGCCAAUCCAAUCUGCUUCCAUACACACAUUGAGCACAAGUGCUGAUUCAUCUAAACCGCCUCCUCCGUUCUCGAAAGAUAAUAAUUUUCGUGAAUAUCGUAGACUAUGUGCAAUGAUUGCUGAUGAAUCAAGUUAUAACGAGAAAACCAAUAUUGUCAAGAAUUUUAUUACUCAUGGAGCAAGUGGCUCUGGAUAUACAGGUGACCUUCACAUCCUCAUCAAACUUUUACUUCCUGGUUCAAUCAAAAGAACUUAUAAUCUUCAGAAUAAAACAAUUGCAAAAAUUUUCAGCAGAAUAUUUGAUACAGACCUUGAUGAAAUGAUGGAACAUCUAGAACAGGGAGAUGUUUCUGAAACUGUGUUUAAAUUUUUUGAAGAAAGUGACUUUUUUCCACCUUGUAAGAAGAGUAAUUUAACAAUACAUGAUGUUGAUGGAAUGCUAGGGAGAUUAGAAGGCCUCACAAGAGAAGAAGACCAAGAGAAUGUAUUGAAAACUUUUGCACGUAAAUGCACAGCAAAUGAUUUGAAAGCAGUGAUAAGACUCAUAAAAGGAGAUCUGAGGAUAACAGCUGGUGAUAAGCAUAUACUCGAAGCACUUGACCCAAAUGCUCAUGAAGCGUUCAAAGCAUCAAGAGAUUUGGAAGACGUCAUCAAACGUACGUUGGAACAGAAAAAAUCUGGGGGUUCAGGGUUGGAAGUUCGGGCUUCUCUGAUGACCCCUGUCGCUCCUAUGUUAGCUGAGGCUUGCAAAUCAGUUGAACAAGCCAUGAAGAAAUGUCCAAAUGGAAUGUAUUCUGAGAUCAAAUAUGAUGGAGAAAGAGUUCAACUUCACAUGGAUAAAGGAAACUUUCAAUUUUACAGCAGAAGUUUGAAACCAGUGCAAAAGCAUAAGAUUGUCCAUUUUGAGGAAGUUAUUCCAAAAGCAUUUCCCCAUGGUCACAGUAUGAUAUUAGACAGUGAAGUGUUACUCGUGGAUAACAAUACAGGUAUUCCUCUACCAUUUGGAACACUCGGAGUUCACAAGAAACAAAAGUUUACUUCAGCCACUGUUUGUCUUUUUAUUUUUGAUAUUCUGCAUUUCAAUGGAGAAAACUUAAUGAAAAGACCAAUUCGGGAACGAAGAAAACUUUUGUCAGAUAAUAUAAAUGAAAUCAAGAACAGAGUGAUGUUGUCAGAAAUGCAAUUUGUGAAUAAACCUGAAGAUUUGAAAUCAAUGAUUGUUCGUGUCAUAAAGGAUGGUUUGGAAGGUCUUGUGUUGAAAGAUGUAAAGAGUAUUUAUGAACCAGGCAAACGUCACUGGUUGAAAGUCAAGAAAGAUUAUUUAUGUCAAGGUGCUAUGGCUGACACUGCUGAUCUUGUAGUAUUAGGUGCUUAUAUUGGAACUGGAAGUAAAGGUGGUCUGAUGUCAGUAUUUUUGAUGGGAGUGCAUGAUCCUCACACAGAUAGAUGGAAAACCGUAACCAAAGUAGGGAAUGGACAUGAUGACCAAACUAUCGAUAAAAUUAAUAAAGAAUUGAAAGUUCAGAAAAUACAAAAGGACUUCAAUAGAGUACCGAAAUGGUUGUUAUUGAAUCGUCAGUAUGUUCCUGACUACAUUGUCGAAGACCCAAAAUCAGCUCCAGUUUGGGAAAUUACUGGAACUGAAUUCAGUAAAUCUGAUGCUCAUACAGCUGAUGGGAUUUCUAUAAGAUUUCCAAGGGUGACAAGGAUAAGAGAUGAUAAAGACUGGAAAACAGCGACGAAUCUUCCAAGAUUGAAAAAACUUUUUGCAAAAUCCAAGGAAGAAUCUGAUAUUUCUGCUUUACUUGAUAAAAAAUCAGGAACAAGUACUGUGAAAAUCGAACAGAGAUCUAUGAAACUAGAUGAUGGAGCUUCUUCAUCAUCACCACUGAAACGAAAACGAGACCCCGGUACAACACCAGUCAAGAAGAUCCCAAAAAUCAAACAAGAAAACGGUGGAAAAGCUUCGUUUCUACAUGACGUAUUCACCGACAUGAAAUUUGCGAUAUCUUCUUCAGUAAAAGAUCAGGAAAAAAUGAAAAGAUAUAUUGUUGCUUUUGAUGGCGACAUUGUUGAGGACUACGAUGUUUCAUCUGCAACACAUACAAUAGGAAAGAUAGAUUCAGAUGAUAUUCCUUCUGAUUGUAAAACGUUGACUGAAGAUUAUAUUUGGACUUGCAUUAAAAAGAAGAAAUUAGUUGCUUAGAUUAAAUUUUGUAAUAUGAUUUGCUUUCAUAUCAAUAUGUACAUUGUAGCAGCCUAGCAGGACCCAUUAUUGAAGUCACGUUUGAAAUAUUAUUUUAUAUAUUUUGAUUAUAUGAACUAAGUCUGUAACACUCGUUGUAUGAUAAAACAUAUAUGUCCAUCGGUCUUUCGGCUUAAAUAAGUCUUUCAAAUAUAAUAAUAAAUUUCAAACAUUGGGUUUGAAAAAAAAAUUUCAACCAUUCAACUUUUUUUGUUUAUAAUCUUCCCUCUUCAUCAAAAUUGUUUUUGUUUCGUAUUCGCCAUUAUUCAACUGUUCUUUCUCUUGGAACAUUUUCUUCUGUAUGAUUAUCAUGGUAUAGAUUUUGUUUACCUAAACUGUAACAUACAUUGUAUGAUUAAAGGUAUUUUUUUGAGCCUUUUUUUGUUCAAAUAUGUUUAAUAUAAAACUAAUGUGUCUGAAGGAAAAUGUUCAACUUGAUUCGAUGUUUGCAAAUCUGUUUUAUCAAUUCUCUCCCUUUUCAGUACUUUUUAUCAUGAUUGUUUUUGUUCCCUAUUCACCCUUUUUUUUUGAUAUGUGACAGAAUUUUAAUCUAAUUUAGUUACUUUAAAUAUUUAGUAUACAAGCUUACAUGAUAGUUGCUGUGUGAAAUCCUGUACCAUAUAUACGUUUCACAAGUGGUUCUACAUGUGACCUGUUUACUUUUGAGUAGAAGGCUCGUGGUCUAAUCAGGCUCCAAAAAAGAUUAUUUUUUAUGAAUACUCAAUUAGUUCUGAAAAUCAAUAUUACUGUUGAACUCGGAGCCAUUGUCAAGUUUGGUAAUCAACCCAAUUUGUCAACUCAUUUGUUAUUCCUAGUUUUAUGUAAACGACCUGUGGAUGUAGCACAAGGAGAAAGGCCCCUCAGUUCAAUACAUAAUAAUGUUUUUAAUUCUACAUUGCCUCUCCUGCCUUGUUAAAUCAUUAUUACUGCGACUCUCGCCCUUAUUAAGUUCGAUAAUCAACUCCAUCCCUCAUGUUAGUCAACUCGUACAUUGCACUGCGAUACCUCAGAUUUCUAUAAUAAUGUAUGUAACCAAGUUUUAUUUUUGUUCAAUUAUGAUUCUAGUUUGAUUUUCAUGCACCUGAUAUAUUCAACAUAGAAAAUAAAUAUGUACGUGAUGAUUAUG